UUUUGAACUAUUUUGUUCCUCCGUGUCUAUUCUUAACCUCCUUAUUUGACAGAUUGGUAUUACUCCGCGGCUUUCUCUAAUGAAGAAGGGACGCCAUUGUGAACUAGUUCAGUAGUGGUAAUGGCACACCUUUGUGUUGGAUGUUCGUUAUCUUACGUGGAAGCAAUUCGUAAAGACGAGUAUGGAGUUUUGCAAUUUUAUGUAAACCACGGGGCUUACAACCGGACUAGGCGUUGUGGUAAUAGGAAGUGUGGCAACGAACUCGUUGUUAACGAAUUUGGGGACUUCUUCUUUCGGUGUGGAAAGUACUACACACCGAAACGAAAGAAAAUUAAGUGCCGGUUUACUGCCAGUGCGAAAAAGGGGACUUUCUUUGAAAACGCCCAUUUACCAUUGACGGACAUUUUUUAUGUUGUUGCAUCAAUAUUGUGUCUAGUGCCGCCGCGACAAGAUUAUCUGGAAAAGAACUUUAAUAUUAGUUCUAAAACAGCUGUUGACUGGUAUUCGUUUUGUCGCGAAGUAUUUGUUGACCAUGUGGCCAAUAAUGAUGUAACUUUAGGUGGAGUUGGCCACAUUGUGGAAAUUGACGAGGCCAAAUUUGGUAAACGGAAAUAUAAUAGAGGAAGACUUAUUGAAGGGCAGUGGGUGUUUGGUGGUAUAGACCAUACCACACAUGAAACAUUUUUAGUGCCGGUAGAGAAAAGGGACAAGGAAACUCUCUUAAAGAUCAUAAAAGAAAAAAUUGUACCGGGAAGUACAAUUAUUAGUGAUUGUUGGCGUGCGUACGACUGCUUAGAGGACGAGGGGUUUGUGCAUGAGACAGUCAACCACUCAAAGGAGUUUGUGGACCCACGCACUCACGCCCACACAAAUACCAUCGAGCAGACGUGGAGAAGUGUAAAAGAUAAAAUUCCGCGUUACGGCAGGAAAAAAACUCAUUUUGUGGGGUAUUUGGGUGAAUACCUUUUUAAGGCGAAAUACCCAAACCUCAAUGAGCGGAUCCACCAUUUCUGGGUUGCGGCUGCAAAACUGUACCCACCUGAACAUUAA